AUGCAAUGUGAAGAACAACGAGGAAGGUCCGCACCCCCGGGUGUUGGGCCUGCGUUCAGCCCCGCCGAUGCUGCAUCUGAAGCUGACCUGGAUGGUCGCAACUCUCCAUCUAACAUCAUCGACGACAACGACAUGCCACCCUCCAAACCCGGCCUCUGGUUGCUAAAGACCAAGGCAGAGGCGCGUGCCUCGACUGCCACUGUGCAGGCCUGGACGAUAGAAUUGCCAUCCAGAGCUGCUAACACCGUCCUGGGUCUGAUCAAGGACAAUGUUCCCGAACUCGAUGCCAUCGACUUGCAGCACAUCCGCCGCUUCGCAAAGGCCCGCUUCCUGCCCACUCACCUCAUCCCUGAGACGGUCGCUGUCAGCCGCAGCAGAAGUGCCAGCGAACGUGACGGCUCCUCUCGUGGCUCGUCUCGCUCUCGCUCUUCACGCAACAAACGCCGGGGUAGUGUUCCGGCCACGCUGCACUUGAUCGUUAGUCCCGUCAGCUGCGUCGAUGAAGACACCCUUACCGAGCUCCUCCUCAAAAACCCUCCCUUUGUCGACGACGGCUUCCCUCUUAUCCUGAGAGAGGUCACCCUUCCCCUACUUCCUCCCACCAGCGCCGAGCAGGCCGAACUAUGGUCUCAACAGUACUGGCCUACCAUCUACCGCAAGACCAAUCCCUUUGGCCCUCACCCUAGCAUCAUCGGACGUGCCGAAGAGGAGGUCCUCGCCGACAACAACGUUCCUCGCCUGAUGGAAAUGGCAAAGAAAGUCGCCGGAGAAACAAAGGGCAAGUGCUGCGGCGCUGGUGUUGGAUGCGUCAUCAUCGAGAGACCUACCGGAAAGCCCAUCGAAGUCAUCGCCGUUGCUGGAGAUGGCCGUCACCAGGGCUUUGACGAGGUUGCUGGUCAACAGAACCCCAUGGCUCACGCCGUCAUGCGAGCCAUAGGCAUGGUCGCACGCAAGCGUGUCCGCAGUGCUACCCGUGACCCUCUGAAGCUCAAUCAAGACAUGGCCGCCCUGGACAUCAACCGGCCUUCCCACACACCCGCUCCUGGUGCUCCAAAGUAUGUCGACAAGACUUUGCUCGACUACCCCCUGACGCCCAUGGAACGCAAGGCCUUUAAUAAGGACAACCUGAUCCCUGAUGGCUACCUCUGCGUCGAUCUCGAGAUCUACUUGACCCAUGAGCCCUGCGUCAUGUGCACCAUGGCCAUCUUGCACUCACGCUUCGCUCGCUGCGUCUUUGGCAUCCGUAUGCCCAAGACUGGUGCCCUCACAGCUGAUGGAGGCGGUCUCGGCUAUGGACUGUUCUGGCGUCCUGAGCUCAACUGGAAGUUCUUGUGCUGGGAGUGGAAGGAGAAGGACCCAUACGAUGGAGACAACUACUUGCACCUCUUCCUCGACAAGAAGACUCAGGUCUGA